GGAUUUCGUUGAGAAAUGACGCUAGGAAACCAGAAUCCAUUAUUUGUUUCCUAUUCCCAAAUCAAAGUAACUGAAUUCCACUUCCUUAAACCCUAAUUUUUUACAAGAAUAUGAGAGUUGGUGGGUUUAGGGUUUUAUGCAAGAAUUUGGUUCGAACACUCUCAGCAAAUGGAAACCAUCAUCUUCGCACAAAGACCCAUCCUUUCUCUCUACCCUUUUACUCAACUGUUGCUGAGGUGCAGCCUCAAUCAUCAGCUGAACUGAUCAAGAUGAUGGAGCACAGACUGUCUGCUAUUGAGCACAGGAAUGCUUAUCUUCAAGGCAUUAUUAAUCAGCCAGAAACCUCACCAACUGAGUAUUCAAGAGCAAACAAGGAGCUUCAAAGUCUGAGUGAUAAAAUGGAUCUCAUAUGUAAGUUGAGGGCAAUAGAAAAGGAAAUUGAAAGUUUGAAAUCACUAAUGGGCGAUUGUGAAGAAGAUAAAGACAUGCAAGCCAUGGCAUACGAAGAACUGGAGCAAGCCCUAAAAGAAGAACAAAAAAUGCAUAAUCUGCUGCUUAAGUCUUUACUGCCUAAAGAUGAUGCAGAUGUAAGAGAUUGCAUUUUAGAAGUUCGAGCAGGGACUGGAGGCGAAGAGGCUUCACUGUUUGCAAUGGACAUCUUUAAAAUGUAUGAGAGAUACUCACAGAAAAAAGGUUGGAGAUUUGAGGUGGUGGAAGUCACAGAUUCAAAUAUGAAAGGAUUCAAGGAAGCGAGUGCUGCAAUAUCCGGGGCAGAUGUCUACGGAAAACUAAAAUUCGAGAGCGGAGUUCACAGAGUGCAGCGAGUUCCCAUCACGGAGAAAUCAGGACGUGUUCAUACAAGUGCUGUGUCUGUUGCUAUCCUUCCCCAAGCAGAUGAGGUAGAUGUUCAACUAAGAAAUGAGGACUUAAGAAUCGACACAUACAGGUCUGGAGGAUCUGGUGGUCAGCAUGCAAAUACUACUAAUAGUGCCGUUAGGAUUACACAUAUUCCAUCAGGCCUCACAGUUUCUAUACAAGAUGAACGCUCACAACAUAUGAACAAAGCUAAAGCACUAAAAGUAUUGUGCGCGCGACUGUAUGAGAUGGAGAGAUGCAGAUUACAAAACAGCAGAUCAAAGCUAAGAUCAGACCAGAUCGGCAGCGGGGAUAGAUCUGAACGUAUACGCACCUACAACUUUCCACAAGGGCGCGUUACGGAUCACAGGAUAGGUUUCACUCAUCAUUCCAUCAGUGAUGUGAUGCAGGGAGAGAGUUUGGAUUACUUCAUUGAUGCCCUUCUUCUGCAGCAGGAAAUGGAUGCAAUUGCUGACUUCACUGCCACCUCAGCUCAUUGAAUAUGUUUUUUUUAUACCAACAAAAUGUUUUUUUUUUUCAGACAUGUAACUGAUAUUUGUGUUGAAUAUUAUCUAAGCUUUUGCAAACAUUUAAAAUAAAUUAAUAAUCAUAAAUUAGUGAAUGA